AUGAAUUCCAAAACACUGCGCCGCCUGGCGGCCGACCACGCCGAGCUCCAUACCUCGCUGCCAGUCAAUUACCUCUUCGCGCCCGCCGCUGCACACACCGACGAUCUCACACGCCUCGACGUGCUCCUCGCUGGACCGACACACACUCCGUUCGCAGCUGGCGUGUGGAAGCUACAUCUCACGAUCCCAAACAACUAUCCGCAGUCUCCUCCCAAUGCAAUCCUAGGGACCAAGAUAUUCCAUCCCAAUGUCUCCGACAAUGGCCAAAUCUGCGUCGAGACGAUCAAGCGCGACUGGGACAGCAAACUUACCCUUCGCGAUGUGCUGGUCACCAUAUCCUGUCUGCUUAUCCAGCCCAACCCGGACAGUGCGCUGAACGCGGAGGCUGGAGCUCUGAUUCAGCGAGACUAUGGACUGUUCGCACAGAGAGCGGAGCUCAUGACAAGGAUACACGCAGCGAUACCAGCCUCACUGGCAGCAGCGGUGAGAGAAGCGCAGAACAGAGGACAGGAAGACAAUGCUGGGAGUGAUGGAGAGAGUGAAGUGCAUGACUCCAUGGUCCGUCUCGAGCUCCCUGCAAGACGUCGGCGGACAAUUGCAAAAGUACGAGGCACAAGGAGAGCCGAUACCUCACCAGGGAAUGCACCUGUCCGGAGAUCACGGCAACCCCCAACGGCAGCUCCUGUCAUGGCACCACCUCCUAGCCAACCAUUUGUGCGUCAAGUUGGCGACGACGAUGUGUUUGGCACGAGCAGAGCCCCACCUAUACCCAGGCCAACUCACGACAGCGACAGCGACGAUGCCGAUUCGGAGAUGUUGGAUGCAGACCAAGAGAAUGAUACAGCUCGUUCACCCACGAAACCUACCACAGUAGUAGCAACCCGGACGCCCCGUCGUCCACGCGGCGCCCCAGUACCUUUAGGAGAGCUGACGAUGCCCGAGCAAGACGAUGGCGAUACUUCUUCCGACGAGAUGGAUGGCGAAGAUGCAAUGGAACCCGAGUACCCACCUAGUCCACGCAAAAGUCCGUCCAAGAGUCCUAGCAAAUCACAAUCCAGGCCAGCACCAAGAUAUCGAGCCGAGAGCAGCCGCGAUGCUGCUGCUGCUCUACCUCCUGCAACGAGCGGAACGCCAUCAAUGGUCACACCCCCUAAUCUCAAUCAGCAACCACUAGCCACUACUCCAACCAUGUCUCCUCCGAAAAGACCCCACGAUCGCGGCGGUCGGGGCAUCUUCGAUAUAUCAAAACGACUUGAACCUCAGCAGCACCAGCACCCAGAUUCAAGCUUCAUGGACACUGAGAACAGCUUUUUCCAUCCACAAACUUUCGGCACUCCUCCUCCCGCGAGAGGAAUACUCAAAACCAGAAGUCCGAAUGCCGCCCAGAUCCGUGCGCAGGAAGUCCAAAAGCGAAGGGAGCUGAAUUCCAAAUUAUGGGAAGCCUGUGGAAAGGAUAUCAGACGCUGGAAUCGCGGAGAUUUCGGAGCACAAUUUUUGGAAAAGAAGGCUGCGAGAUGGUAAAGAGUGAUAUCAGUCUCCCCAAGUUUGAGUUUUAAACAAGAUUCAAACCCCUCGGAGAUAUUCUCCGUCUGCGCGUUUGAAGUUUGAAGUUCUACCUACUUGAAGAACAAGCAAUUCGAGAACACGGAUCAUUGAAGCCGGGUCUAUUGGGAUACAGGUACCCUAUGGCGUCUUGAAUCAUGCUUUCUUUUUACUCGCACCUGUUGCAAUACCUUCUUCCUUGAAGACGGAUAAAAGUACAUUCUGCCCCUUAGGCAGCACUGCUAUGAGAUGAGAAGGGGAUGAUUAGUUUCAUGAAUGUCGCUGAAAACAGCGUGCGUUGAGAUUGAAGAAUAGGUUUUUUGGAUUGCGCGCUGAUGAAUGCUGCAAUACUUGUUGAUACCAACUAUGAGCUGGCGAAGGAUAGAUAAGGUACCUGAGGUAAAUGGACUCUACCAUCCUCCUCCUGCCGCGGCAGCCAAAGCAUUCACACGCUCCACAUCUCCUCCGGGUUUGGCCUUCCCGACAUCACUUUCUACCACUCUAUACGUAGUCGUCAGAAGCGUGUCCAGUUCCACGCCAGUGAUUGCUGCCCAGUGGUCCAUCAUGUCGUGGACCUGACGACGAUUGAUCCCAUCAAUUACGUCGCAGUCAUUGUCAUCGUCAACGCCAGACAUGACAGAAUCUCGUGCCGGUGAUUGCUGAUCAUCAGCUUCGUGAUCCGAAUCACUGACGCUGGUUCCGCCGCUCCAAUAGGCUUCGUCAACCUUGGCCAGCCAUUCUCGCUGGGCAGGAAUCAUUUCUUGAGAACCGCCAUUUUCAAUGCCUGUGCCACCGCCAACCUGACGCAAUGUGGCCACGUCUCCGACUUUGAUUUGUCCUCCGCCAUUCGUACAUCCUCCAGGACAUGCCAUGACUUCCACAUAUGCGUAGUCUUGCGAGUCAUCACCAGCUUUGGUGGCACCUCCUGGACGCCUGGUGCCUCCAACUCUACGUCCCGUAGAUGAUGCACCAGGCAUUCGACUUGCUUUGGCAGGUUUGAGUUUACGAACGAGAUUUUGUAUAUUACGAAAGCCGUAGUAACGAGCUGCUUUGAACACUGCAAGGCCGUCAGCAUUAACGACGCUGUACUCGGAAACGUCCUGAUUACGUCCUCGUUGCACUUUGAUGUGCGAGCCGGGAUGGUGAGUUUGUUGAGUCUUCAACACAUGCCAGAGAUAUCCCCCAGAAGUUCCGAUAGAAGUGGCGUCCUCUCGUUUCCUCUUCUGUCCUCUUGACCGCCCGAACAGAAAUUCGUUCACCCGUGGCUCGGGGAAGGGAGCCAGAUCCGUCACUGGGUGCUUGGGCAGCCCAGGGAAGCUGAUAUCUCGACUUUCGGCGAGCAUGAGCAGUUCUCGUGCUGUGAUGACGCAGUCCACAUCGCGCACUGCAUCCCCAGUCUCGCCAUGCCACGUGUGCGAAGUAAGCUCGCUCCGAGAGGCCUCCAACUUCUUGUCGAAACAUGGCAUAAUCGCCAAAUGCCACACAUUCUUUGGAUCAAUGCCGUACUUCUUUGCGAGGACAGACUUGAUCAGUACUCCAGUCAAAGCCUGGGGCGAUUUGAGCCUGCUCAGGUGCGGCAGGAUAUGUGAAUGUGUCUUUUCCGCGUAGCAAAUCCAUCCUGGACAAGCAGAUGUGAUGAUGGGUUUUUUCUGGCCAUCUUGCAACUGAUCAACCUCAUCUGCAGCCGCUACGAGACUAGCCUCUCGCAUUGCGUUCGUGUCUACCACCCAUGCGAAACCAGAGUUGUGCUUUCCCGCACUCUUCACGCCAUGAGGACCACUCAGAAGCUGACUGACCAUGUAACCUGCAUCCCUCUCCGAGACGUUGUAUGUCGCAGCUAAACUCGCUCUUGCCUGCGGGCUGAUGCUUGCCACAAAGAUCUUGCCGUUGCCACAGCAUGUAUCCGACUCGACAUUCUUCGUGUGUGUACAUGGAGCGCUCGACUCGUCUCCUGGCACUUUCAUCUCAUGAUACUUGUCCAGUGUAUCGAGGACUUCAGCAUGGCUCUGCAACGAUACCAAAAUCGCCUCUGCACUGGUAACGCAUCCCGAGCACGCCAGGCAGUCCGUCAGCGAGAUCUGCGCGGGCGGCGCAAUGGUGCCCGAGUUGACUUUCUCCUCGGUGGUGACCUCGUAUGGGUUGGCAUUUGCGUCGUCUGCUGGUGGCUGCUGCUUGGGAAGAGUCUCGACGGGCUUGAUGCACGCAACUCCCGGGUUGAUGAAAUCGUUCAGGUCGUCGGCGGAGAGAAUGGCCGACAUGUUCCACAGCCUCUGCUAGGACACAUGUGUGAGGGUAAGAAGGAUGGAG